UUUUCUUUCCUGUUUAGGUGACUUCACAUCCUUUCUCACUGACACCGAGGACGUUCACAGCCGAAUGAAAUGAAAAAAUGUAGAAAGAACGUGUUCCUGUUUCGUGAGAAGAGCAUAUUGCAUAUUGCAUAUUGCAUGCUGAAUUUGUGCCUGCUGGUUCCACAAACCACACACAUCCGCACGCGCACACACACACACACACACACACAUACCCAACUUGCCACAGUUCACUUCCAGCCGAAGGACUGUGCCGUUAGGUGAAUGCUAACUGUCCUGCGCCCUGGGGAAUGGCAGUCUGUGCACAUCCCUGCUCAGUGAAGGAUUUUGUUCUCCUGGCCAGCAGCAUACUGUUGUUGUGCGAUCUGGUCUGUUUAGCAGACCCCCGCCCGUCCGAUCUCCCAGCACCCUCUCUGACCCGGCAGACCCCUCAGGGAGGGGGCGCGAUAGACCUGCUGUGCCGCGCCCCCGACGGCCAUGCGGGAGUCCUGUUCCAUCUCGUCAGGCGGGCAGCGCAGGUGGGCCAGGAGGACAAGGUGGAGCAGGUGGACCUGGUGGAGUUUCCACAGGAGCGGCAGGAGGCCCACUUCAGUCUGAGAGGGGAGGCCGGGCUCAGCCAGGAGUCCCACUGCUGCAUAUACCUGGACCGCCACCGGAGGUACAGCGAGUACAGCCCCUGCAUACGUCUGAGCGACCCAGCCCCCGCCCCCGCCUCUCCUCCGCUACAGCCGUCCCUGUCGGUGGAGCCCCACGGGGGCAGGGUAGUCAGUGGCCAAAGCCUGUCCUUCCACUGCUCCGCCCCUCCGUCCCAAAGCCCCGCCCCCCAGGCCUUCUUCCUGCUGAGGACGGGGGCGCAGUCCGAGGGCUCCGUGGUCUCUCCGGCGUCCCCGGACCCCCCGGGCUCGGAGGCGUCCUUCCACGUGGGCCCCGUGAGGGGAGAGGAAGGGGGCUCCUACACCUGCGUGUACCGGGUCGUCCUGCCGGGCGGCGGCCACGCGAACUCCAUCGCCAGCGCACCUGUCCACAUCACCGUCUCAGAGUUGCUGCCGCCGCCCACGCUCUCCCUGCUGGAUCCGGACCCUGGAGACCAAGUGGUAACUGUGGAGUGCACGGGCCCGCAGGCAUACCCCGGGGCCCGGUUCGCCCUGUUUCGGCUGGGCUCCUUGCUCCCCGUGUCCUCACGCCAAGCUGAACCCGCCCGCCAUGCGGUGUACCUCACCCUACCCGUCCUCCGGCCUGACCCAGGCCCAGACCCAGACCCAGACCCAGAGCAGUACCAGUGCCAGUACAGCGUGCUCCUCGGCGAAUCAGAGCGCAGCCUGCCUAUCACUGUACCCAGCCACACAGGAACAAACUUCAUCCCUGCUGAAGUCUCUCCUCCCCCCUCCCCUUCUCCUUUCUCAGCUCCUGACUGGCCCCUGAUUGCUGGCUGUGUAUCUGCAGUGCUGCUGUUCCUGGUCGUGCUCACAGGGCUGGGCAUCGGAGUGCACAGGAGAGUAAAAGCGCUGGCUGUGAAAAAGCAGAGGAGGGAGGAAGCUCCUUUGUGGAAGCAUCAUCACGCUGUGGACCACACCCUCGACCUAACCUUGAGGCGCAUAAGCAUCGGCUCCCAGGACGGGGGUCCUGGUUCCACAGCCCGCCUCAGAACGUCUUCACUGUCGGCUCCUCAGUGCCCUCUCUCUACGUUUGAGAACCCGGCCUGCUGACCACCACUUCCAUGGACCUCCCCCCUACUCCUCCCCCCCUCUCUCUCUCUCUCUCUCUCUCUCUCUCUCUCUCUCUCUCUCUCUCUCUCUCUCUCAGUGAAUGUUCCUGGGGUGUAUUCUGGUCCUGCAACAAAUAUAUUUGUGAUAUCACUGCAAAUGAACCACAUCGAUCUGACACUCGCUUGCUUACAACUCAUGACUCUGGGCGCAGAAAUCUAUUCCUAAUCACUGUCAAUAAACAAUGUGACCAUUUAAACACACACACACACACAUACACACAUGCACGCGCAAACACACACACACGUCAUUUCUGUUUUUCGCUUUCAGUUCUGUUAAUGUUUUUUUUUCUUCAUUCUCAUUCAUCUUCUUGCGCACAAUCAUACCAGACCUUACUUUUCAAAUAUAUUCACAUAUUGCACUUAUAAUUUAAUUGGUAUGUACAUAGUUUCUAGUUGCAUUAAGUUUGUGUGUGUACAUAUAAAUCAAAGAGACUGUUCAAAGUGUGGAAACUGAAAAAAGCAAUGUCAAUGCAUCCAAUAAAUGUAUAUCCUUUAUUAA